CCUGAGCUGAAGUCAGACACUCAACCAACAGAGACACCCAGGUGCCCUGGUGUUGCCAUAGCUUUAAAAAAAAAAAAAAAUUGUCAUUACUUCCUGAUGGUGUGGGUUAGAUACCAUUUCUGGGGGACAAGAGAGCAAAUGAGUAGGAGACAGGUCUGAAUCAGAUACAUCUUAAAAGUGGACUUUGAUGGACCAUUAGUAAACGUUACCCGCCCUCCCCCGCCAAAAAAAAAAAAAACUAAAACUAAAAACAAAACCAAAAAACGAUAUGCAAAGCGAAUACAUGAUUCAGAAAAGAAACCAAAGAGGUGAGGUGAUCAGUUACAAGACGGAUGUUGCCUUGGAGUCCGGGACCUAGCAACCGAGAACUUGGAAGGCGCAGACAAUGGGUGACAGAAUGUGCUCACAGUUGAAGGCUGAGGAGAGGAGAGGGCCUUCAGACUGAGCUCCAGUCACGCUCGGUGGCUGAGUGCUCCUGUCUGCCCGCUCGGUGGCUGAGUGCUCCUGUCUGCCCGCUCGGUGGCUGAGUGCUCCUGUCUGCCCGCUCGGUGGCUGAGUGCUCCUGUCUGCCCUGCCGAGGGGCCGGCCAUGGACAAGCGAGGACGCUGUGCUGGAUAGAGGAACAGCCUGUGCUCUGCGCGUCUGACCCAGUAGCCAGCCGUCGUCCUCCCCAGACUGCCGUUGCGUCGGAGACUGCGUCACUGGACAGUGGAGACGCCCAGCACGCAGUUUCCAUGGCCUCGCCGCAGGGUGCCAACAGCUGCCAAUCGGCAGGCUUCGCCCUAGCCACCCUAGGAUGGAUCCUCACCAUCACUUCCAUGGGCCUCGUGGAGUGGCGAGUGUGGCACAUAGGGAACACCUCUCUCUCUGACUCCGGAGUGGUCUGUGUGGGAAUGUGGAAGGUGUGCAUUUACCACCAUGCCCCCAACACCAGCACAUCUACAUUGUGUUACCAUUACACCCAAGAGGAUACUUACAUCCCUUUGGAUAUUCGUAUUUGUCAAAAUCUCCUGUUGGUCGCCAGCAUCCUAGGUCUCAUGGGGAGAGUCUCCACCAUCUUUGCACUUAAAAAUGUGUGCGUUGGAAGUGUUCAGAGGAAUGCCACCUUUGGUCCACUCGUCUCAGGAAUUCUGGACAUAGCUGCUGGCAUCUGUGUCUUGAUCCCUGUGAUCUGGAAUUACCACUCCGUGAUGAAUGAAGAGGGUAUUGCCUUCCCACCAUUUCUCUCUCUACCUUUCAAACCCAAUACCCAGGAGCUGGGCAGUGCUGUUCUGGUGGCAGGCCUGAGUGCCAUCAUGAUGCUGUCCAGCGGAUUAAUUUUCCUCUUUUACAGGUGCCCCAUAGCUCGCCAAGUGCAGCCUCAAUCUUCAGAAAUGUAAACUCUUGGUUGCAUUGGCUUUCCAAAUUCAAGAUUACCAAGCAUUUGUGACGAGUUCUAGCAGGGUGCCCUAUCAAAUAUUUCCAACGAUUCUAGACCAUGCCAAGGGUAGUUGUGGGCAGAAAGUAGCCAACUAUUUCCAUCUGCUAUUUUCUAUGUCUUGGGUUCAUUAAAAGAAAAUUUCACUUAAAAAAAAUCUUCCCCACCUGUCGGUUGGUCUUACUGAGUCUGAAUUUCAAUUAUUGUCGAA